UUCCGAGGUUCAAAUGCCAGGAGUGCCACCGCGCGCUCGUCGUCGUUGGCGUGGAUGCCUUCGCCGAUAAGCUCCCAACGCAGGCCGCCUCUGGUACCCUUACGCCUCCGCCCGAUUCGCUUACCGUCCCUUUUCUGCCUUCCGGGAAAAUUGGGCAUGAUUGAGAUGUUAGGAAGUACUGUAGUUCUCUCAAGUAAUAAAAACCUAGGUUGUAUUAGAUUACGUGGGUUCUGAAUUUCUGAUGAAAUGAGUCGUUUAUUGUUGGUUCUAGACAACUGUAAUGCAAUACUGACAUCGAAAUCUAAGGAAUGUUGAGUUGAAUGCGUAGUGCAAUUUUGUUCGAUUUGAUACUGCAACAGUGAGAACUUUACAAUGCUCAGUGAAAUCACGCUGGAACUGUGGAUUCCUGUAAAGCUGAAGUUCCUGUUUCUGGUAUGCAUGUAUCAUCUAUUCAGGGCAGUAUUAUGGGGGCUAGCAGGAUGGAUAAUUCUUAUGUCGUGCUAUCCAAGCAAAACAGAUCUCAUGGCCAUGGAAUUCCCCCACGCCCACCAAGUGCAGCAGCCCCACAUGUUGAACCUAACCAGCCAACAAGAGCGAUAGAGGGGUCAUAUAUAGUGCUUCCACCUGCUGCUGCUUCCAUAUACAAGACAUCUACUUCUGAAGGAGGUGGUGUGCAGUUGCCACCACCAAGUAUGAAUUCCAAUAGCCCUUUACCAGGAAAUAGUUUUCACUCUAACGUGACUGUAUUAACACGGGCAUUUGAGAUUGCUACAUCCCAAACUCAGGUUGAGCAGCCAAUGUGUCUGGACUGUAUGAGGUUGCUCUCUGAUAAGAUGGAUAAGGAGAUUGAAGAUGUUAAUACUGACAUUAAAGCUUAUGAAGCUUGUCUUCAACAAUUGGAGCAGAAAUCCUACAACAUCCUCAGCGAUGCUAGUUUUCAGAAGGAGAAACAGAAGAUUGAAGAUGAAGAAGAGAAGCUUAAGGCUGCCAUUGAAGAAGCUGAAAAACAAUAUUCAGAAAUCAGUUCCGAGAUGAAGAAUCUUGAGAUAAAAUCCAAAGAAUUUGAAGAAUUGGAAGAAAGGUAUUGGCAUGAAUUCAAUAGCUUUCAGUUUCAGCUGACAUCUCACCAGGAAGAAAGAGACACAGUUUUGGCCAAGAUAGAAGUUUCAAAUGUUCACCUGGAAUUGCUAAAGCGAACAAAUGUUCUCAAUGACGCAUUCUAUAUUUCACAUGAUGGAGUAAUCGGAACAAUAAACAACUUCCGCCUCGGUCGCCUUCCUAAUGUACAGGUUGAAUGGGAUGAGAUAAAUGCUGCUUGGGGUCAGGCUGCUCUUCUUUUGCAUACCAUGGCUCAGUACUUCGCCCCAAAGUUUCAGUACCAGAUCAAGAUUCACCCUAUGGGUAGCUAUCCAAGAGUCACAGACAUUAACAACAAUACAUAUGAACUGUUUGGCCCUGUGAAUUUAUUCUGGAGCACACGAUUUGACAAAGCUAUGACAUGGUUUCUGACCUGCCUGCAAGAUUUUGCUGAGUUUGCUAUAAGCCUGGAUAAAGAGAACAAUGUACCACCCGAUAAGUCACUGAAGCUCCCAUACAAGAUUGAUGGUGACAAGGUAGGGAGCCACACAAUCUUCUUAAGUUUUAAUAAACUCGAGAACUGGACGAAGGCAUUAAAAUACACGUUGUGCAACUUGAAGUGGGUUCUCUUCUGGUUUAUCGGCAAUACAAGUUUUGCACCACCUUCAGGAUCUUUAUGUGCAGCGACAUCAUCCAAGAGAUGACGCCACUGACCUUUGAAACUGACCCCAGCCGCGUAUAUUGGCAGAUGGCAUUAACGUGACGCGUUCUAUGUGCAACAGUGGAUACAACUACUCUUGUUUCUUUCAAGUGGUCGACUGGUCGUGUAUACUUUAUGUAACCAUGUCUGCAAUCAAAUUGUAGUGACCAUAGAAUAGUAGCGUGGCCUUCUCUUUUCCAGCAAGAAAAGAAAAGAAAAGUGCUUCUGACUUCCUCAGAGCUCUCCAGUUCACAAA